AGCUUUGAUCACAAGCCAGGUCACCUUUCAAGUUCGAUUCCGUAGCCGAGAAACUCACCAUGGGCAACGACAUCGAGAACGUCCGGUCGCGUGUCAGCGAGGACAAUGGCUCGCUCAAGGCCCCGACUGCAGUUGGCAGGCAGGAGUUGGCCGAUAUCAUCCCACCGCACGAGUCCUAUGAGGGGAAACACCGCUUCGACCCCACUGCAUCAUGGACUGUCGAGGAGGAGCGCCGCGUGGUCUGGAAGACGGAUUUGAAGCUGCUUCCGUGGUUGUGCCUCAUGAUGUUCGGUCUGCAGCUCGAUCGUGGUAACCUGUCGAACGCACUUGCGGACAACUUCCUCGUCGAUCUGAACCUCACCACUGAUGAUUACAACAACGGAAACACCAUUCAACUUGUCUGCUUCCUCGCGGCUGAGUUCCCUGUCCAACUACUCACCAAGCGCUACGGUUUCAAAUGGGUUCUUCCCACCAUGAUGAUGGGCUGGUCGACUGUGUCCUGGGCACAGGCGUGGAUGCACGACCGCACGUCUUUCUACCUCGGCCGCGCCUUCAUUGGACUUUGCGAGGGUGGUUUUAUUCCCGGUGUCAUCCUCUUUGCAACCUACUUCUACAAGUCGAAGGAGCUGGCUGUGCGCCUGGCGAUUUUCUGGUCUACACUCAACGUUGCGCGUGUUAUCUCCGCACUGCUGGCUGCUGGAAUCCUUGAGAUGCGCGGUAUUGGCGGAAAGCCCGGCUGGUUCUGGCUGUUCUUGCUCGAAGGCCUUCUGACGGGUAUCAUCGCCUUCGUCUCGUACCUGUAUCUCCCUGCUUCGCCCACAGACACCAAGAACGUCCUCUGGCCCAAGGGUUUCUACACCGAGCGUGAGGAAGUCAUCAUGGUCAACCGAAUUCUCCGCGAUGACCCGGCCAAGGGACUUACUGGUAUCAAGGAGCCCGCGACCUUCAAGGAUAUCUGGGAGGCCUGGAAGGACCCAGCAAUGUGGGGUCUUUACUUCAUUGGUCUGAUCGCAUACAUCCCCGCGUCUCCUGUCCAAGGCUACCUGACGCUCACCCUCAAGCGUCUCGGCUUCUCGCGAUUCGACUCGAAUAUGCUCACUGUCCCCUCUGCAGUCUUGCAAAUCAUCACCAUGUUGACCCUCGCAUACAGCUCCGACUACUUCAACGAGCGCACGAUGCACAUCAUCUUCGGCGAAUUCUGGAUCAUGCCGCUCCUCAUCGCCUUGUUGACCCUCCCCGACGGCGGUCGUGAGUGGGGCCGCUUCACACUCAUCACCCUGGUCUCCGGUUACCCGUACUUCCACCCACUGGUCUCGUCUUGGAUCUCCGAAAACACCUUCGACGUGAAGAAGCGCGCCAUCACCGCAGCCACAUACAACGUGAUUGUGCAAAUCGGGUCUUUGAUCAGCUCGCAGAUCUACAGGAAAUGGGAUGGCCCAUACUACAAGACGGGCAACAGCGUACUGGUCGCUAUCUGUGCGCUCAGCGUCGUGGUCAUGCUGCUGCAGAGGCAGAUGCUGGUGCGCCUAAACAAGAAGAAGGAAGCGCAGUGGAGCCAAUUGACGAGCGAAGAAAAGGCAGCGUACCAGGCGGAUGUCGUCGCGCGCCAGCCCGAGGGCAAUAAGAGACUGGACUUCCGGUUCGCUGUGUAGAGCGGCCUAGCUUCCUGCGCUGCAUCAUGCCCGCGCAGCACUAAUUCACGCCCCGUCUCGAGCCUCAAACCUCGACAUGCAAUGCCAGACUGCGUAGUCCUAGAUACCCACAAUAGUCACCAUAAUAUCCAUCCCUAUCUGCUCCCAUCCCGUUUUCAUCUGCCCGUCCGCUAUCUCGCCAGCAAAUUCUCGCCAGCCCGCCCACGUGUGUCGUCGAAACAGCCGCAGCCUCGCGCUAGCGCCCCACUAUAAUACCCACAGUACCCGCCUCGCGGUGGAACCUGGGGAAUCGUCAUUCUGGGGUGCGAUGGCACCAUCGCGCCCCUGCGAUGCGACCUGAGUGUGCAGCAGCGAG